CCGUCCCCCACCCACCCUUUUUAACCAGUGACCUCGCGCCUCGGGGGGCGGGGAGGGUGCCCACCCCACCCCUACGAGCGCUUGGCAGCGCCAGAGUAUUGUCUGGCUUGGCAAGCGGGGUUCGUGAACCCGCAAAGGGACCGGGUGCUGGCGGCGCCCUCCUUUGUGCGGCGGCUGCGCGCGGCUCCACCGCUAGGGGGCGGCCCGCGGCCCGCAGACCCCCCGACAAUAGGCGAGGCCGGGGGAGCGGUGCGGUCCGGGAACUUUCCCCGGGCUCGGCUCCCGGGCGGCUCGGCCGGGCCAUGGAGGAGGGGGCUGGCGCCGCGUCCCCGCUCUGGAACUGGGACUACCUGGACCGCUGCUUCGCCCGCCGCCGCGUCUGCAUCUCCUUCGGCCUGUGGAUCUGCGCCGCCUGCUGCUGGAUCGCCGCCCACGCGCUGGUUCUCUACCUGAGAUGCACCAAGAAAUGUGGCCGGGACCAGUCGACACUGUGCGCCGCCUUCUGCCUCCUGACCAGCCUCUGUGACACCGUGGGGGCCAUUCUGGCCAGACAGCUCACGAUCCAGGUGUUCACAGGUGCCUACCUAGCAGUUGUUGACUUCGUGAACUUUAUGUCCAUCCUCUUCCCAGUCUGUGGCUCCAAAUCCAAGUCGAAGUCUGGUGGGAGCUGCAGGGAGAGGAAGAGCAGAGGACACCUGAGAGCCAGUGUGUUUGCCCUGGCUCUGCCGCUGUGCCUGGGUCCCGGCUGGGCAGUCUGGGCUGCUGUCCCCAAGGCUUCAGCCCCAGUCCGAGGGCCACAGCGGAGGCUGCUGGGAAGCCUGCUGCAGGAAAACCCGGAAGUCUUCGGCUACCUGCUGGGAGGCAUCGCUGCCUUUGGCUCCUGGGCAUCCCGGAUCCCUCCGUUCUCCAAUAUCUGCCGGGGGAAGUCAUUCUCCUACAUCCACCUGUGGGCUCGGUUCCUGUCGGCUCUGGCUGGCCUCCUCUACGCCUCGGCCAUCGUGGCCCAUGACCGGCAGCCUGAGUACCUCCUCCAGGCCACACCCUGGUUCCUGAUUUCACUGGGCCGAGCUGCGCUGGACCUCGCUAUCAUCUUUCUGUCCUGUGUGAUCAAGAGCAAGAUGAGCCGAGGCUUCGGAUUUGCUGCCGAAGUCAGAGAGGGCCCCGACACGCAGGCCCUUUUGACCUGCGCAGAGAGAGAAGAAAGUCAGGAGGCCGGGACUGAAGACAAGAACCCCGACUGGGUGCCUCUCACCAGCCUGUCACACGGCAAGCCGCUGAGGACAAUGACAGCCAUCAGCCGCUACAUGGAGCUGACCAUUGAACCUGUGCAGCAGGCAGGCUGUAGUGCCACCAGGCUACCCGGUGAUGGGCAGACGAGCACCGGAGAUCCCUCCUUGCAGGAGCCUCCCUCAUACCCUCCCAUCCAGGUCAUCCAGGCCAGAGUGUCUUCCAGCAGCUCCUCCGAGGUCUCCUCCAUCAACUCCGACCUGGAGAAGUAUUGGGAAGCCCUAAACUCGGAGCAGUGGGACCCUGAAGAUGUCAACCUUGAAAGGAACAAGGACAACGUGGGGCUCCUUAGAUCACAGAUGCGCAGGGGCUCUCUGAGCCCAGUGGACUUGACCUCCAAUGACUGACAUCUCCAGGAGCCAGUCCACCAGUGCAGAACUCAAGGUCAGGCAUCUGUCAGUGACAAGAUGGACGCCAACCUACAGUGCCACCCAUGGCAGACGUGGGAGCUGCUGCAGAAGCUUCCCAAGGAGGGAGGAACCCCGAGCUGUCACUCAGCUUGGCUAGUCUACCCCAUGGCUCAACAUUGGAGCUGUGGGGUCUGUGGACAGAUCUGCACAUGCCAAGUUGACCCUCACGAUGACAAGUUCACAGAUGAACCCCAUAUGUAAAGAUAAGCUUUCUCCCAAAGGACAUGGGAUCUGUUCCCAUGAGAUUCAAGCAUAGAUAUUGUUUGCUUAAUAACAGGAUCGAACUCACCAAGAGCUACUAUUUGGGUCUCAACAGAACACAUUCUUCAAGACUCAAGUCAGCCCAGAUGAAAGAGUGCGUCCGUCAGCUAGGGGACCCGGGCACAAGAACUAACAUAACUGCUGCACCUUAUGUAAGACUGCCUGGUCAGCCGAAUAUUUGGAAGAUCACUGGGAGGGCAAGGGUAACCAAUAACUGAUCUUGGUAACAGGAUUCCCUCCAGCUUGGCAGAGUAUGUGCCGAGGCUGGGUUUGCACAUUAUGGGGUCAUCCAUGCUCUAGGAGGUAACAGAAAGCGUGCCAAGGAUAAGGGCACCAUACAAAGUGUGGCUUCAAGUAUGGCCAGGCUGUCGGAGGAUGACCUCAAUACUGUGACCAGGAGUGAGGGGAAGAAUGAAGGAGAUGGGGCCAGCCAGGAGCAAACGCUAGAGUGAAUAAAAUGUGGUUGAAUGCAUGAAAACUUCUCACGGUGGAGGGCAGGGAUAAGUCGUCUGCCACAAGGGGAACUGGGAGGAAUGCCAAGAAGCACAGCUCUGCUCCGAGCUGGCCCGGGACCGCCUGUGACUCAGCCGCAGCUGCCCCGUUUCUCCUAAGGGGCGGCGCAAGUCCCAACAGUGUGAAGAAUGGGGUGAGGUGGAAGCUGGUUGGUUGUGCAGGAUUCUGCAUAGUGCCCAACUCCCUGGGUGACCUCUAAACUAGCAUUCAAAGCCACGUUAUCUGCUUGGAGUCCUUGGUUUUCCUGUGAGGGAGCUUUGCUUUGGAGUCGUCACCACUGAAACCACUCUGAGGGAAGAGGACCAUGGGAUGGGGAGAAGCGGAACAUUCCAGCCUAGAUCAUAGCAAACCUGAGGCAGGGAAGGUUGAGAUCUCUUGUAAAAUAUUAAAAGGACCAGCCUCAAUAUUAUACUUCCCAGGGGCUCAGAAGAGAAAACUACGAACAGCGAGAAUUAUUUUCGGGAAAAGAAUCUAAGUAUACCGAGCUCUUAGUCCAAUUAUUUAUUCUUCCCAUGCACUGGGAAUCCUGGUAUAUAUACACUUACAAGCAGUAAUCCCUUGGCAGUGCAAAGCCAGGCUUCCAGGGCCAAAUGGAGGGGUGAUAAGAAUCACAUAGAGGGGCAGUAAUUGUUAAUUAUCAUUGGCAACCCCAAAGGGAAGUGACCAAUGGGGAAAUGAAUUAACUAAGGGCUAAAUUCGGGUAAUAUCUAAGAAGAGAGCUCUUAUGUGUUCAACUAUAAUCUUAAACGUGAUCAGAAGGAAAUGUUAAGAAUCUAUAAGUCACUAGAUCAAUGGGUGAAAAUAAAACUGCCUUCUUUUUUCCUGUG